ACAACGGCGUUACGUACGAGCAAAGGCAGGGAGAGCUCGUGUGAGGAAAUCGAGUCUGUCCUGGAUCCGAAGUCAGCCAAGCCAGACCAAGUGCCAGCACAAAGCACACCGACCCAGCAAUACUCACUGUGCCGUACCAGCAACCCCCUCUUUUGCAAAGCAAUCGCCCAUCAGUCAUUCCUUAGCAGCCUGCUUCCGCACCAACCCCCGGCUACUGGCCCCGAUAGUGCUCGAAACACACAAUGGCUGGCGAUGCUUCUAUGGCGCCAAGGGCUGUGGAUCGGCCGGGACUACUGCACGUGCUGGCUUCGCGCCCAGCCAAUGCCCGCGCGCAACGACUUUUUGCCGAACCAUGGCUGCUAAAGGGCGCUCGAGCCAGCUGCCCUACGCCGCCUAGCGCAACGCCCUUGUGGAUUCUGCAGCGGCGCCGAGUCAGUGCCCUGGAGGCUGCCCAUCGUUCUGAAGCCUUUCCAGAACGCUCGUGCCUGAGAGCCGAUUGAGCAGCGACUCCGAGACCCCGACGAGGAGGAGCGGGUCGCUGACAAGCACUAGUCGAUGGGAUUGGAUAGCUGUCGGUGCCUUACAAUGGAUCUUUUCUAGUUCUUUGAUUGACGCUUGCUGCACGGUAUUAAGUUCUGCAGCACACCCACGCGCGGUAGACAGACUGCUGAAGGAGGCGUGGCAAGCCCAUUUUUUUUUUUCUUCCUUGGCUUUUUUUCUGUUUCUGUUAUCUCUUCUUUUUUAUCCCUCUCUUCGCGCUCUAUCCCCGUUGCAUCACCGGGGAGCCUCGGUGCUGCGAACACGCCACCAUUGACUCGCGCACGCCUGGGGAGCGCAGGCAACACAGUGCUGUCGGUGGAGUGGCAACUUGCGAUAUUAAUGCUUGGAGUUGUAUUCGCUGCUCGUACGAGCAACAUUACUCAAUCUCAAUAGCGAAAUGGAUAGUACUAUUCCCAUCCCCAUCCCCAUCACCCAUACUGUACACCGCCAGAAGCCUCGU